GCGAUGCGGAGGCUGCAGGUGGUCCUGGGCCACCUGAAAGGUCGGCCUGACUCGGACUCGGUACCUGAGCUGCAGGCAGCACCGUGCUUAAGCGGCGCCUCGCGGUCCUCGCCUGCGGACGUGGUGGUAGUACAUGGGCGGCGCACCGCCAUCGGCCGAGGGGGCCGCGGCGGCUUCAAGGACACCACCCCGGAUGAACUGCUCUCAGCUGUCAUGACCGCUGUUCUCCAGGACGUCAAACUAAGCCCAGCAGAGCUAGGGGACAUCUGCGUGGGAAAUGUGCUUCAGCCAGGGGCCGGGGCAGUCAUGGCUCGAAUUGCUCAGUUUCUGAGUGACAUCCCAGAGACUGUACCUUUGUCUACUGUCAAUAGACAGUGUUCUUCUGGACUGCAGGCAGUGGCCAGCAUAGCCGGUGGCAUCAGAAAUGGGUCUUAUGACAUUGGCAUGGCCUGUGGUGUGGAGUCCAUGUCCUUGGCUGACAGAGGGAACCCUGGAAAUAUUACUUCGCGCUUGGUAGAAAAGGAGAAGGCCAGAGACUGCCUGAUUCCUAUGGGGAUUACAUCAGAGAAUGUGGCCGAGCGGUUUGGUGUUUCCCGGGAGAAGCAGGACACCUUUGCACUGGCUUCCCAACGGAAGGCAGCCAGAGCCCAGAGCAAGGGCUGCUUUCAGGCUGAGAUUGUACCCGUGACAACGAUAGUCCACGAUGACAAGGGCACCGAGAAGAGCAUCACCGUGGCCCAAGAUGAGGGCAUCCGUGCCAACACCACCAUGGAGGGCCUGGCCAAACUGAAGCCUGCCUUCAAGAAGGGUGGCUCUACCACAGCUGGAAAUUCUAGCCAGGUGAGCGAUGGGGCAGCUGCCAUCCUGCUGGCCAGAAGGUCCAAGGCAGAGGAGUUGGGCCUUCCUAUCCUUGGGAUCCUGAGGUCCUAUGCAGUGGUUGGGGUCCCACCGGACAUCAUGGGCAUUGGGCCUGCCUAUGCCAUCCCUGAAGCUUUGAAGAAAGCAGGGCUGACAGUGCAUGAUGUGGACAUCUUUGAGAUCAAUGAGGCCUUUGCAAGCCAGGCCGUCUACUGUGUGGAGAAGCUAAGACUCCCCCCAGAAAAGGUGAAUCCGCUGGGGGGUGCAGUGGCUUUGGGACACCCACUGGGCUGCACUGGGGCACGACAGGUCAUCACACUGCUCAACGAGCUGAAGCGUCGUGGGAAGAGGGCAUAUGGGGUGGUAUCCAUGUGCAUCGGCACCGGAAUGGGAGCUGCUGCCGUCUUUGAGUACCCUGGGAACUGAGGCCUCCGGCAGCUGCUAACCAGAUAGUCCUGCUCUGGCAGCAAGAGACCAACA